AUGUCUGAAGGACUUCUGACCCAAGAACAGGCCGUUUCCAAACUCCUGGCCUUCAUCUUUUCUGGUGCCAUCGGUCCUGCCAAGGGGAAAGCUGUGGGCUACUCUCUGGUUGCUACAAAGCCUACUGAAUUUUCGUGGUGGGUGGCCUUGGAGGAUAUCGACGGGCCAGACGUGCCUCUUGACCGGUACUGCGUCAAACUCGACAGACGAUCCAGGCACAUUUCGCCCCCCGAACCCGUCGUGCUUUCGAAAGAAGAGUUGUCGGAUGCAAUUCUGUCCGCCACUGGACAGCACCUAGCCUCAUCUGCCAGGUUCACUGAUGGUGCACUGAGCAUCUCCUACAAGGUCACUGUCCAAGAGACUCCAGAUGUCGCCUACGUGGUACAGCUACGCCAUCACGGCAAUGUAGCCUCUAUGGACUCGCUGAUGACCUUGAUAUCCAAGACUGUCGGCCCUCACAUCUUGCCAGUGCCCCCCGUAUAUCCGAUACCAGGGGAGGGGAGACGGCAACAAGUUACGGGCGUAGGAAGGCAGAUAACACGACUAAUUCCAGGCGUUGUGGCUUCAACGACGUACCCUCACCUAUCUCAUGACGAGAAGCUUUCUUUUGUACGAAAAAUGGCCCUCGCAUUCCAGGCCUGCUGGAGCAUCCCGAUUCCGCAGCGUCUCAUCGGUGAGCUUGUUUCCACCAAAGUUGGGGACGACAUCAUCCUCAGCGUUGGACCCGAUCGACAUAAUAGCCUCGGCGGGCCCUUUCAGUCUGUACGCGAAUAUCUUCAAGCUUACAUCAGGGCCUCCAUUAUCGCCUUGGAGAAGCAGGAAGGCAUCCAAGAAUACAAGGACAAAUAUCUGAAGCGGAUCAAAGAUUUUGUUCAUGACCAUAUGCACGAGAUUCCGCCGAUUGUGGAGGAUGUCCCUAUUGUCGCCAUGCACUCUGACAUGGGACCUCACAAUAUUAUUGUGUCGAGCCAAACGCCUACGAAUUUGGAGGCUGUAAUUGACUGGGAAUUCGCUGCAAGUGCCCCAUUCGCGACACUUCACCGGAUUAUUGAGAUGAUGUUCCGCGAGUCGGCCGCAAAUGAAUUUGGCCCCGAGUAUGGCCGCGCCAGUGAACUUCGCGAGGCUUUCUGGGAUACUAUUCCCGACUGGAAGUUGUGGGUUGAGAGCGAGCCUUGUCGAGUCUUCUUGGAGUGGUUUAGGUUUGGUUUGUUCAUGAAGCCUGAGUGGCGGCCAGAUGAUCUUGCUGAGGAGGAUGCACGAGAAUUCUGGCGGGAAAAUAUUCGGGUCGUUGAAGGCAUGUUGGAAAAGUAUAUCUAG